UCCGGCCCUUUCCCGCCACCUCUGCGUGGCCUUGGCCGCGGGCCCGGGGCGCUGUUUGCUCAGGGCCUGCUGGCUCCAGGGGGCAGAGAUUUUACGCCCGUUUUCCUCCCUUUCGGGAGUUUUUCUCAUGCCGGCCGGUUGCACAUGCCGUUCUCACUCUUCUGCUGGGCCCGUGCGGGUGCCGUAAGGAACUAGACUUCCCGGGAGCAGCGCACGCCCGGGAAGACCGGCCGCGAGAACUGACGGCCACCCUUUCUGUCUUGUAUGUCACAAGCCCGGAGCGAGGAUGCCAGGUCGCCCCCGUCGCAGAGACGCAGGGGCGAGGACUCGACCUCCACGGGGGAGCUGCAGCCCCUGCCCACGUCGCCCGAUUUAAGAGAGUUGAGAACCGCUGGCUUAGAGCGACAGCGAACAUGCUAUGUUGUCUGGUUUGAUGUGCUACCAGGCUUUCAUUGUGAACAUCCACAUUUUGUUUUUAUAGCUAUUCCCCUUGACUUUGACGUUAGUUCACCACUGACAUAUGGCACCCCCAGCUCUCGAGUGGAGGGAACCCCAAGGAGUGGUGUGAGGGGCACACCCCUGAGGCAGAGGCCCGACCUCGGGUCUGCACGGAAGGGGCUGCAGGUGGAUUUGCAUUCCGAUGGGCCAGCAGCAGAAGAUGUAGUAGCAAGUGAGCAGUCUCUAGGCCAAAAACUUGUGAUUUGGGGAACAGAUGUCAAUGUGGCAACGUGCAAAGAAAAUUUCCAGAGAUUUCUUCAGCAUUUUAUUGACCCUCUGGCUAAAGAAGAAGAAAAUGUUGGUAUAGAUAUUACUGAACCUCUGUACAUGCAACGACUUGGGGAGAUUAAUGUUAUUGGGGAGCCAUUUUUAAAUGUAAACUGUGAACACAUAAAAUCAUUUGACAAAAAUCUAUACAGACAGCUCAUCUGCUACCCACAGGAGGUUAUCCCAACUUUCGAUAUGGCUGUCAAUGAGAUCUUUUUUGACCGUUACCCUGACUCAAUCUUAGAACAUCAGAUUCAAGUAAGACCAUUCAAUGCAUUGAAGACUAAGAAUAUGAGGAACCUGAAUCCAGAAGACAUCGACCAACUCAUCGCCAUCAGCGGCAUGGUAAUUAGAACAUCCCAGCUCAUUCCAGAGAUGCAGGAGGCCUUCUUCCAGUGUCAGGUGUGCGCCCACACAGCCCAGGUGGAGAUGGACCGCGGCCGCAUCGCCGAGCCCUGUGUCUGUGAGCGCUGCCACACCACCCACAGCAUGGCACUGAUCCACAACCGCUCUGUGUUCUCUGACAAGCAGAUGAUCAAGCUCCAAGAGUCUCCCGAAGAUAUGCCUGCAGGCCAGACUCCUCACACUGUCAUCCUUUUUGCUCACAAUGAUCUUGUUGACAAGGUUCAACCUGGGGACAGAGUGAACGUUACAGGCAUCUAUCGAGCUGUGCCUAUUCGAGUCAAUCCAAGAGUGAGUAAUGUGAAGUCUGUCUACAAAACCCACAUUGAUGUCAUUCAUUAUCGAAAAACUGAUGCAAAACGUCUGCAUGGCCUUGAUGAAGAAGCAGAGCAGAAACUUUUUUCAGAAAAGCGUGUGGAAUUGCUUAAGGAACUUUCCAGAAAACCAGACAUUUAUGAGAGACUUGCUUCAGCCUUGGCACCAAGCAUUUAUGAACAUGAAGAUAUAAAGAAGGGGAUCUUGCUUCAGCUCUUUGGUGGAACAAGAAAGGAUUUUAGUCACACAGGAAGGGGCAAAUUUCGUGCUGAGAUCAACAUUCUCCUGUGCGGUGAUCCUGGGACCAGCAAGUCCCAGCUACUGCAGUAUGUGUACAACCUGGUCCCCAGGGGCCAGUACACAUCUGGAAAGGGCUCCAGUGCUGUCGGUCUCACUGCAUACGUAAUGAAAGACCCCGAGACGAGGCAGCUUGUGCUGCAGACUGGUGCCCUUGUCCUCAGUGAUAAUGGUAUCUGCUGCAUUGAUGAGUUUGACAAGAUGAAUGAAAGUACAAGAUCAGUAUUGCAUGAAGUCAUGGAACAGCAGACACUUUCCAUUGCAAAGGCUGGGAUUAUUUGUCAGCUCAAUGCACGCACUUCUAUCCUGGCAGCAGCAAAUCCUAUUGAGUCUCAAUGGAAUCCUAAAAAAACUACCAUUGAAAAUAUCCAGCUACCUCACACGUUAUUAUCAAGGUUUGAUUUGAUCUUCCUCAUGCUGGACCCUCAGGAUGAAGCCUACGACAGGCGUCUGGCUCACCACCUUGUCGCUCUUUACUACCAGAGCGAGGAGCAAAUGGAGGAGGAGUUCAUGGACAUGGCAGUGCUAAAGGAUUACAUUGCUUACGCUCACAGCAUGGUCAUGCCUCGGCUGAGCCAGGAAGCCAGCCAAGCUCUCAUCGAGGCUUACGUAGACAUGAGGAAGAUUGGGAGUAGCCGAGGAAUGGUCUCUGCAUACCCUCGACAGCUGGAAUCUUUGAUUCGCUUAGCGGAAGCCCAUGCUAAAGUACGGUUUUCAAACAAAGUUGAAGCAAUUGAUGUGGAAGAGGCAAAGCGCCUGCAUCGCGAGGCUCUAAAGCAGUCUGCCACUGACCCCCGGACCGGCAUUGUGGACAUAUCUAUUCUUACUACAGGAAUGAGUGCCACUUCUCGUAAACGGAAAGAAGAGUUAGCUGAAGCAUUGAGAAAACUUAUUUUAUCUAAAGGGAAAACACCAGCUCUAAAAUACCAGCAACUUUUUGAAGAUAUUCGAGGACAAUCUGACAUAGCAAUUACCAAAGAUAUGUUUGAAGAAGCAUUGCGUGCCUUGGCUGAUGAUGACUUCUUGACAGUAACUGGAAAAACUGUUCGUCUGCUCUGAAGUCUUUGUGAGCAGUGCUGUGUAUUCUGCUUGUUUGCACUUGCUUGCAUAUGUGUGUGGCAUAUGGGCCAGUCAGCUGCCAUUACUGCAAAUAAACUCUUAAAGUCAUUA